CGAAAGUGGAAGCAAGUUUACCAGCAGAAGUGGCCGGAGUUUGUUUCAGACACUUCUGGGGGCUCUAAGGCCCAAACAAGAGUUUAGUCCUCCAGGGCCCUCCACCUUGUGCCUUGUUAGGAAGCCUCAGCUUUUGCCAACCAGGUGUGAGCCAUGUCUACGACCUUCCAGAAUGUCCUCUGCCAACUUCAGGAGGAACAAUCCAGGCUCAAGGUGAAGCUGCAGGAGCUGCAACAGCUGAAAAGGGGGCUCGUGAACUAUCCCAGAGAUGAGAUCCCAUUCCCAGUGCCUGAAGUCCCCUUGGUAUUCCAAGGCCGCACACAGCAGGGCAGGCAAGCACCCAAGUUUAUGAUUUCUAACUUGGAGAUCUGCUGCCCUCUGCCUGAAGGUUCUGCUCUGGUCACCUUUGAUGACCCCAAAGUGGCUGAUAAGUUGAUACAACAGAAGGAACAUAAAAUUGACAUAGAAGACUGCCGGCUGUGGGUGCAGAUCCAGCCCUUGGAGCUGCCUGUGGUGACCAACAUCCAGGUGUCCAGCCAGCCAGAUAACCACAGGGUGCUAGUCAGUGGCUUUCCUGCUGGACUUAAGCUGAGUGAGGAGGAGCUGCUGGACAAGUUGGAGAUCUUCUUUGGCAAGGCCAAGAAUGGAGGUGGGGAUGUGGAGACCCGGGAGAUGCUGCAAGGGACUGUCAUGCUAGGUUUUGCCGAUGAGAAAGUGGCCCAGCACCUAUGCCAGAUUGGCCAGUUCAUGGUGCCACUGGGCAAGCAGCAGGCCCCUCUGAGAGUCUCUCCCUAUGUGAGUGGGGAGAUCCAGAAAGCCGGGAUCAAAUUCCAGCAAGCACUUCACUCGGUGCUGGUGAGGAAUAUUCCCGACAUCCUGGAUGCCCAAGAACUGCAUGACAUCCUGGAGAUUCACUUCCAGAAGCCUACCCGUGGGGGCGGGGAGGUCGAGGCCCUCACAGUUGUGCCCCCAGGGCAGCAGGGACUGGCUGUCUUCUCUUCUGAGUCAAGCUAGGACUGCAUGAGUGACCACCUGCUAGGGACUGGAUUCACAUACUGCCUAAAGCUACCAAGAACAGUCAAAGUACCAA